CAGAGCGAAGAGUCCGUGGGUUUUUCGCACUUCCAGAUGAGUUCCUCCAGAUUCCUGCGUCGCUGAGACACCGUUUCGCGCCAGUUCGAGGGAUGUUUUACGCACAGAUCGUCUCCACAGGGCAGCCGGAGCGCGCAGAUGAUGCGGAGAGAUCAAGUCUCAGUAGUUUGGCGUAAUGACCGGAGCGCAGACGGACCCCGAGAAGCUGCUCUCAUGGAUUGAUUGGCUGUAGAUUGAUAGAUCCCCCCCCACCCCCCGCGUCAAAACCAGCAGGAUUUUGUGUGCGUCGUGUUACUAAAAAAAGAAAAAGAAAAAAAAUAAUUGUGGAUUAUUAUUAUUAUUGGAGGAGGCGAGGAUUUUUUUUUCUGGAGGUCUUUAAUUUGAAGUUGCACGAGGAUACUGUUUCUCCCCCCCUCCCAUUUAAUCCUACAUUCGGGUGAAGGAGCUGAAGAGUGGAAUUAACCUUCUCACAAGGUGGAAAUAUUUGUCUGCCAUAUUUGGAGCCCAACUCCUCUUUGCUGCCGAUAUGAAGUCUGUCCCUGUGUGGAUGUGCGUCUACAUCUCCCUGCUGCUCUUAGACGAGGCGGCGAGUUCGUGGGAAGGCCCCUCAGCUCUGUCCGUGUCCCUGGGCACCAGUGCUCCAGGGUCUGCAGGCCCCGGCUCUGGGCCCGGCGCUCAGCCAGAAUGGGUGGACUGCAUCCAGGCCAGUGACAUGUGCAACCAGAACCCAUACUGCAGCUCCCGCUAUCGGGUGAUGCGCCAGUGCCUCGUGGGCAAGGAGAAGGAAGCCAUGCUGGACAACAACAGGGAGUGCCAGGCCGCCUUGGAAGUGCUGCUGGUCAGUCCUCUGUACGACUGCCGCUGCAAAAGGGGCAUGAAGAAGGAGCUGCAGUGUCUGCAGAACUACUGGACCAUCCACAUGGGACUCACCGAAGGUGGAGACACGGAAGACUCAUCUCCGUAUGAACCUGUGGCAGCAAACCGACACCCCGACGCGUUCCGCUUGGCCUCCAUCUCAUCAGGCAUGCUCACAGUGGCACCGAAAGGUUUCCACUGUCCCGACGCCGAGAGAAACUGCAACCACUGUCUGGAUGCGGCCAAGGCCUGCAACCUCAACAACAGCUGCAAGAAGCAACGCUCCUCCUACAUCGCGACCUGCAGCAAGGAGGACCCCAACAAGGGCGAAACCUGCAGCAAGAAGCGCUGCCACAAAGCGCUGAGGAUGUUCCUGGACCGCGUGCCAGCCGAGUUCAGCCACCGUCUGCUCUUCUGCCCCUGCCAGACCGUGGGCUGCGCUGAGCGACGCAGGCAGACCAUCGUGCCCGAUUGCUCCUACAAAGACAAGGAGAAGCCCAACUGCCUGGAGCUACGCAGGGUCUGCCGCCAGGACUCCCUCUGCAGGUCUCGGCUGGCUGAUUAUCUGGUGAACUGCUGGACGACGGCGCACACAGGGACCACCUGUCCCAACCAAGACAACCAUCAGGCCUGCUUGGCCUCCUACGCGAGGCUCAUCGGGACCGAAAUGACUCCCAACUAUGUCGACAGCAGCUUCUCCAACUGGACCAUAUCCCCGUGGUGCACCUGUAAGGGCAGCGGAAACCAUGAGGAGGACUGUAUGGACUUCCUGCGCUACUUCACGGAAAACACAUGCCUAAGAAGUGCCAUCCAGGCCUAUGGUUACGGGAUAGAUAACAUGCAGAACAAAAGCGCGCCGGUCCCAGGCCCCUCGGCGGUGACGAAGACGGGAUGGGACUGGUCAACGGGCACCUCAGAACCUCCAUUCGUCGCCAUCUCAAAGUAUCCUGGACGGUGGCCUGAGCAAGACCCGAGCCUGAGCAAGACCCAGGGCCUGCUAGAGGAUCACGCCACCUCCAUCUGUGCCAACGUCUGGGCUUUGCUCCCCGGCCUAGCGUUGGCUCUGGUCCUGGCCCAGCAUGCCUUAUAGAAGUGCAAGGAGGAGAGAAAAAAAAAAGAGGUCAUCCACCCACAAGCUGAUCCCAAGAGCAGGAGGUGUUAUUUCUGAGACUGAUAUUAAGAAGACUGAAUCACGGGGGAAGUUGACGUACAUGGCAUUUAUGAAAGAGAGAAAAACAAAAAGGAGGAAAGAGGUGAAUGUUGAAGUUUUACGACUGUGAAUUUGUUGUUGAUUUGGUGUGUUGUUAGGGCGAACCACAAUUUUGAUAGAGUACAUGGCUUUGAAAAAGGCCCCUUGGUAGCAGAGGCCACGGAGGCCACUCUCUGAGAACGACCCUCGCUCUGACCGAGGCACCAAAACCUGGAGGACUGGAAGCUGAUCACGUCAAAGACUUCUGUACUUUUCUCACCUAAGGACGGAGCGGGGGAAGGAACAACAUAAUUAAAAGAAGACGACACUGACAGAAAAGAAAUUGUUACGAAAAAGGAAUGAGCAUGGAGUAAAUGGGGUAGAGUGAGAGCGAAAAAGAGAGAGAGAGAGAGACAUAUUCCUGCUAUCAGUCACACUUUCUUUUGUCCUGAAUUGGUUCUCGACUUAAUCUUCUCCUGGAUGAACAGACCAGAAAUUUCGGGGCAGGGAUGGGGGAUGAUUACAUUCUGUCUGUUCAACACCAGUUUAAACUCUAAAUUGUAAAGCCUACUCAGUGUUUCUAAGUGUUGGUAUAGUAUCUGUGACCAUAAUCAAUCUACCAUACAGCUCUUUCAUUUGGGAGACGCUUUUUCAGGCGAAAAAGGAACUGAAGAUGCCGACGUUAACAGUUAAUGGUUCUUUGGUCAUUUGAGAUUGUUGUUGUUGAUGACUGUGGGUGUUCGUCAUACGUACACCUGCACAUGUGUAUAUUUCUGUCUUUAUGUAUAUAAAAGGAUCUCCUUUCAUUCAGCCUAAUGAUAUCAACAGUACCUUGAGUGGACAUUACUGUAUGCUAAGAUGGCUCUGUAUUGAGUAUUAAUUCUAACUGAAGACCUUCAUUAUCUGCGUUUAUAUUUGUCUAUAGAGCUUCGAUCACAAAGAAUGUACGUAUACAGGGACGAGAUUAAAUGAGCUCAAACUGCUUGGAAAGCCAUAA